AUGGCGGCAUCAACGAUGUUUGGAUCCGUGCGCAGUUCAGAGGCCAUGACGACGCCGACCGGCUGCGCGGAAUACUCGAAUCCACCCUCCGCUCGCAAUGGUGGGAUCUGCAUCUUCCUACGCCAGGCAAUGACCUCGAUGCAUUCGUCAACGACGGCAAAUGCCUAUUCUGUGACACAUACUGGAUAUGGUCAAGACUGGCUUUCCCCUUUUGUGUCCACAAGCAUCUCGAUUAUCACCCUCCUAUGCUCUCAUCCCGUACCCGUGGCAUUUUGGUUCUCUCCUCAGCCAUUCUUGUCGUGGGCAUAUUUGCACGCACGUACAGGCGUCGUUGACGGGUCUUCCAUCAUUCACCGUGAUGGCAUCUUCGACGAGCUGUUCUAG